AUGCACGCGUGGAACACGGACCGGAUCCGUGCCCGCUUCGCCGACCCCGGGAUCCAGCAGUUUAAAGUUGUGGACGAGGCCACGGGGAAGAUCGUCGCGUUCGCGAAGUGGGAUGUCCCGGCUGCGGUUAAGGGGUUGGCGGAGGGGUUUGAGGUGUUUGAUGAGGAGGGGAGGGUUGUGCAGAGGAAGGAGGGCGAGGAGGAGGAGGUGAAGAAGUUUGUUUUGGAAGUGCCGGAGGGGGUCGAUAAGGAGUUGUUUGAUGAGUUGUUUAUCGGGUUGAAGAAGUAUGGCAUCAUAUGCACCGAGCCAUCCUACCACGGCCGUGGUAUAGGCGCCGCUCUCAUACAGAGCGUUCUUGCCGUCGCAGACGCCGAGCAGGUUCCCGCGUACCUUGAGGCCAUGCCCCUGGCUGUCAAUCUAUACAAGCGCCAAGGCUUUGUUCCUGUAGAUACGUUGCAGUUCGACGCAUCUAAAGUUGGAAAGGAGCACAAGCCUACGCUAGCUAUUAUGGUACGGGAGCCUAAAUCGACGGCGUAGAAGGGGCGCUGAGUUGAUGGCUUGUCCUAAUAAGUCGUCAAGGGUGCAUGCGGGAUAGUUGGCAACGGAUGGUUAUAGAUGAUUUGCUAUAGUACUCACAAGGUAUACACAAAAGAC